AUGUCGCAAGCGCGGAUAUACGCGGACGUGAACGUGCAGCGGCCCAAGGAGUAUUGGGACUACGAGGCGCUCACCGUGCAAUGGGGCGACCAGGACGACUACGAGGUGGUGCGCAAGGUGGGGCGGGGCAAGUACAGCGAGGUGUUUGAAGGGGUCAACGCGGUCAACAGCGAGAAGUGCAUCAUCAAAAUCCUCAAACCCGUCAAGAAGAAGAAGAUUAAACGAGAAAUCAAGAUCCUGCAGAACUUGUGUGGCGGGCCCAACAUCAUCCGCCUGCUGGACAUCGUGCGCGACCCGCAGAGCAAGACGCCGUCGCUCAUCUUUGAGUUUGUGAACAACACCGACUUCAAAGUGCUCUACCCCACGCUCUCCGAUUACGAUAUCCGCUACUACAUCUACGAGCUGCUCAAGGCUCUCGACUUCUGCCACUCACAGGGCAUCAUGCAUCGGGAUGUGAAGCCACACAAUGUGAUGAUCGACCACGAGCAGAGGAAGCUCCGCCUCAUUGACUGGGGGCUCGCAGAGUUCUACCACCCCAACAAGGAGUACAACGUGCGCGUGGCCUCUAGGUACUUCAAGGGCCCCGAACUGUUAGUGGACCUACAGGACUAUGACUACUCUCUUGAUAUGUGGAGCCUCGGGUGCAUGUUCGCUGGCAUGAUAUUCCGCAAGGAGCCAUUUUUCUACGGCCAUGACAACUAUGACCAGCUUGUAAAGAUUGCCAAGGUGCUGGGAACCGAUGAGUUGAACAGCUACCUGGGCAAGUACAGCAUCAUGUUGGACCCGCAUCUGGAGGCUCUGGUGGGGCGGCACAGCCGCAAGCCGUGGUCCAAGUUCGUUAACAGCGACAACCAGCACCUCGUCUCGCCUGAGGCGGUGGACUUUCUGGACAAGCUUCUGCGGUACGACCACCAGGACCGGCUCACAGCGAGGGAGGCCAUGGCGCAUCCGUAUUUCUACCCUCAUCUUUGCCGCCUGAACGUCGCUACUCCGGCUGCGGUAGCCCGCGGUACUAGCGUGCGCGAGCUUAGAGCUGCGCCUGUGCGCGGAAAGGGGUUGAAGGCGAGUGCGCGCGGGAGCGAUUGGCGGAAGGCAGCAGCAGCGGGAAGGAGCGCGCGACUGGGGUGCCGUGCGAUGGCGAGCGAGGGUGGUUCCGCUACAGCUGUUUCGGCGCCAUCCGCAGCCACUCAGCUUCCCGACCUCAUGCUCAUCCUCACCCCUCAGUUCCCCCACUUCCCCCAUUUUCCCCACCCUAAUUCUCCUUUGCUCCCUCUCUCUCUCACCCGCUUCUCCCCGACAUCACCAGGCGUGAAGUUGGUGGACAUCAGUCUCGAGUCGCAGGUGGUGCGCGUGUCGUGCUGGGGAGUGCCACGCUGUCCCUCGCCGGCCCGUCCCGCCCCUCACUUCCCUCGUCCUUUCGUCCCCCUUGUUCCCUCACCCCCUCUCCAUCCCCUCACCCCCCUCUCCAUCCCCUCACCCCCUCUCCAUCCCCUCACCCACUCCAUCUCCUCACCCACUCUCCAUCUCCUCACCCCCUCUCCAUCCCCUCACCCCCUCUCCAUCCCCUCACCCACUCCAUCUCCUCACCCACUCCAUCUCCUCACCCCCUCUCCAUCCCCUCACCCCCUCUCCAUCCCCUCACCCACUCCAUCUCCUCACCCACUCACCCACUCUCCAUCUCCUCACCCCCUCUCCAUCUCCUCACCCCCUCUCCAUCCCCUCACCCCUUCUCCACCCCCCUCCAUCCCCUCACCCCCUCUCCAUCUCCUCACCCACUCUCCAUCUCCUCACCCCCUCUCCAUCUCCUCACCCCCCUCCUCUCCUCACCCCCUCUCCAUCCCCUCACCCCCUCUCCAUCCCUCACCCACUCUCACCCACUCUCCAUCUCCUCACCCCUCUCCAUCUCCUCACCCCCUCUCCAUCUCCUCACCCCCUCUCCAUCCCCUCACCCCCUCUCCAUCUCCUCACCCACUCUCCAUCUCCUCACCCACUCUCCAUCUCCUCACCCCCCUCUCCAUCCCCUCACCCCCUCUCCAUCCCCUCACCCACUCCAUCUCCUCACCCACUCUCCAUCUCCUCACCCCCUCUCCAUCUCCUCACCCCCUCUCCAUCCCCUCACCCCCUCUCCAUCUCCUCACCCCCUCUCCAUCCCCUCACCCCCCCUCUCCAUCUCCUCACCCACUCUCCAUCUCCUCACCCCCUCUCCAUCUCCUCACCCCCUCUCCAUCUCCUCACCCACUCUCCAUCUCCUCACCCCCUCUCCAUCCCCUCACCCGCUCUCCAUCUCCUCACCCCCCUCUCCAUCUCCUCACCCCCUCUCCAUCCCCUCACCCCCUCUCCAUCUCCUCACCCACUCUCCAUCUCCCACCAGGCGUGAAGUUGGUGGACAUCAGUCUCGAGUCGCAGGUGGUGCGCGUGUUGGGGAGCGCCACGCUAGCCCAGCUGGAAGAGGCGUUGAAGAAGAGCGGCCGCAAGGCGCGGCUCAUUGGCCAGGGAGACCCUUCUCAGCUGGCCCUCACAGCAGCGGUGGCAGAGUUUAAGGGGCCGGUGAUUCACGGUGUAGUGCGGUUCGCCCAGGUGAGCAUGGAGGAGGUGCGGGUGGAGGCGCAGUUUGACGGUUUCUCCCCCUCCACCGCCCAUGCAUGGGCCGUCAACGAGUAUGGGGACCUCACCCGCGGCGCUGACAGCACCGGCAGGUGCUACCCGGGGGAGGCGCCAUCUGCUGCUGCUGCUGCUGAUGGGUUGUUGUGGGUCCUGCCCAUAUCCUCUCCUUUUUCUCCUUUCUUCUCACUCCUCCGUUCUUCCCUCUCCUCUUCACAGCCCACAGGUGACUCGGGUGUCCUGCAAGCGGACGACAAGGGCCAUGCCUCGUUUGCAGCACCCAGCACGCGCCUCAAGGUGUGGGACCUCAUGGGGCGGGUUGUGGCUCACACCCCCGUGUUCCCAUCCCUCUCCUCCCUUUCCCAUCCCUCCCUCCCUUUCCAGCCGGUUGGCGAUCUGGGCGUGCUGCAGGCAGACGACAAGGGCCAUGCGUCCUAUGCAGCCCCCAGCACGCGCCUCAGGGUGUGGGACCUCAUAGGGCGGGCCGUGGCGGUGUAUGAAGGGGCUGACAGGAGCAGCAGCAAGGGGCUGGCAGCAGCGGUGAUUGCGCGCAGUGCAGGUGUGGGGCAGAAUCACAAGUCGCUGUGCUCCUGUGAUGGCACCAUCAUUUUGGAGGCCACUCCGAGUGAUUAUGUGCAGCAGAAGUAG